AUGAACUCAAAAAGAACGUUGACAAGCCUGCAGAGCGAGAAUAUUAGCAUUGUAUCCUAUAACGGUAUAGAAUCAUGCGAAACGACUCAAAAAACUCCUUCUCUCCUUGAAUACACCUAUGAAUCUGCAGUAAUAGCCAGAUCAAUUUCUCAAAAAGCAAACCCUUCAUAUAAAAGUUAUUCACAAGCUGAGACAAGCUGUAAAUGCUUACUAUUCUAA